AUCAAAGGAGACAGUUCAGUCUCCCACAGUCUUCACAAUUUCUCUUCGAUAAACAUUCCAACAGAAGACUUUCAUCGAGGUCAAGUUUGAAAAGGAGCUGCAUAAAUCGUUUAUUUCCUGAACAGGGCUAUUCCCAGCCUUAUAUUCGAUCCCAACUAUCGUGUUGUCCCGCAGAUCGACUGAAUCAGAGCAAAGCACUCGGACGGGGAGCUUAUUGCCAACCAACCAAGUUCUGAACAUGGAUGUCUUCAACCUGUACACCUAUGGCUCAAGCGCGUGGCUAGCGCUGCAGGGUCUAGCUUUAGUUGCGACCCCCAAAUUGAUCAUAACGCUGUUGAUUGAUGACACUCGACCUCCUUCAGAUGUCGAAGCCUACCUCUCCCGAGCGUUCGGUCUGGCCUUACUUGCAGUUGCAACACUGACCAUCCUGCUCACGGGAUCAGUGCCGUUGGGAUCCUCAGUCGGCGGCGUUGACACCACUACUACAUCCACCGAAAACGAGAAUGCUCGCUCCCCUUACGCCGUGCCAACGGUGCUAGUCACAACUUUGUUUCAAGCUACGUUAGCUUUCUACAAUUACACCUGGUACCUUGCCAGGAGUCAGACAGCAUUGGGUCUAGGUAUGGUUGGAUCGGGUGUUGUGGCUGCUGUGGGAGUUUGGUGCAUGCUUUUUGGCACAAGUAAGGGACGCAUUAGUCGGAGGACAGGGGCUGAUAAGAGGACGUCUGGAUUUCCGUUCAAAAAUGCUGAAGCUGAUAAGAGACAUCCGGAGCGGAAGAGGUUGUAAGGUUUGUUUCUGUUUCAUAGAAUGGAAGAAGUUGUUGGACACGGAAGGGUGAAAGAUGCAUGCUGCUUUAAUGGCAUCAAGAAACGGUCUUGGAGUCAUUCAAUGAGAUCAAUCUGCAUUUAUCCAGGGGCUGUAUGGAUCUGAUAUCACAAGCCGGUGAUGAGACAACAAAAAUGUAUGAUACUGGCGAGUACGUAUCCUGUAAUUAUACUCAUUGUUCG